AUGUCUCGAUCUGACCUUGAUCGUGGUUUUCCAGUUGCCGCUGGUGUUGGAGUGGUGUAUGAUUGGGCCCUCACGUUCGGACAAGAGGUCGAACUGGUCUGGAGACAACGCUGGUCUCUGAUGACCGUUCUCUUUCUGAGUGUGCGCUAUCUUGGAAUUUUCUUUGUCAUCCUGGACAUACUGGGCAGUGUUCCGACGAUCUUGUUGACAGAUGCAGUGAGUCUUCUGCACCGAUCUUCUUCGUUUGCUAUCAUGACUGCUACAGAUGUGAGCCGCAUUCUGUACCUCUUGUGGGAUUGGACGAAUGUUGUGGCAUUUCCAAUGCUGUGUGUCAUCAUGAUCACUCGGUUACAUGCCAUGUAUCAACGAUCCACAAGGAUCCUGGUAUUUCUCAUCGUCGUGUCCUUGGCUGUCAACAUUUUCGACGGAGUGGUCAUGGCAAUGACAACGAGGGAUGCUUCAGGGGAGGAAUUCAUUCUCUCUGGCACCUAUGCGUGCACGAUUGGCUUUGCGGACAAUUCCCCACUUCUGGCUUCCAUCACUUGGAUAUUCGGCACUGUCUGGGAGGCCCUCGCGCUGUGUCUCGCAGUCUGGAUUGCUGUAAAACACUUCCGUGAACUGCGACAACAUUCGGCAGGAGGGAUUAUCGGCGACUGUUUCACGGUGUUGAUAAAAUCCCACGUGCUUUACUUUGCGAGUUAUGUUGCCGUGUCUUGCUUCAGCCUCGCAGUUUAUUUGUCUCCGACGAUGGACCUAUUUUCCCUCGAAAGUCAGAUUUAUGCCGGUCUUGUUCAGAUUUCGACAGUCAUACAAUCCUUUGUGCUAGGACCACGCCUCAUCAUUAGCGUUCGAGAAUAUCACGCUCGGCUCGUGGCUGACUCUGAUGCAGCAACCGGCAUGACCUCAAUCGCUUUCCAGGAGCGCGUGCAAAUAUCGACAGGCAGUGGCAUAUAG